CAUGGUUCGUGUGGUGUAAUGCUUUUAAUGCUGCUACAGUAAGAUGAAAGUUAUCCAGCACUCCAAAGAAGCACUGCAGAGAGCUUUAAUAUCCAACAGCACAGAACUAACUAAACUUUAUAACAAGUACACAGAACAAGAAAGACGUUUUCUGGAGGAGGGCUAUAACGCAGGGCAACCAGGUUCCCUUUUCCAGAAUAUCACUGUGCAUUCAGAGUCAGACUGGAUCCCUGCUCACCCCGAACAGCCACAAGACUUUGAAAGCUUUUACAGAGACCUGACCCGCAAAACCCCCAGUGCAAAUCACAAUACUAUUUACAUUCAAACUAUUGGAUCUUUCGGUGAAGCUAGGCCCCAAACAGAUCAGUAUGUGGAGUGGCUGAGAGAAUACUGCCAAGUGUUUUUUCAUGGGGUCACUGUGAAGUUGUUACCAACAGUUACUGUGGCUGAAACAAGAUGUUCAUUUAGGAUAAACAACAGUUCUCACAAUCUCCAGAUUCUUACCGGUGAUCUUCUCACAUUUCUCAGAAGUCGAAAACCUAAAGAUGCUUUCUGCAUUAUUGGGAUCACAAUGAUUGAUUUAUAUCCCAAAGAUUCAUGGAAUUUUGUAUUUGGACAGGCAUCCCUCAGUAGUGGAAUGGGCGUUUUCAGUUUUGCUAGGUAUGAUGACAACUUCUACAGAAGUUAUGCAGGGAGGCUAAAGAAACAGCAGAAGUUAAAGAAGGACGACUAUUCUGUGUUUGAUGGGUAUUACAUCCCUACCAUCAGCAGCACUUUGCUCCUGCGAUCAAGCAAGACAAUGACCCACGAGAUUGGUCAUAUGUUUGGAAUAAGACAUUGCCAGUGGUUGAGCUGUGUCAUGCAGGGAUCGAAUCACCUAGAAGAGUCUGACCGCAGGCCUCUGGAUUUUUGUCCCAUUUGUCUCCGAAAGUUACAGGUCGCCAUUGGUUUCAAGAUUGCUGACAGAUACAAGGCAUUAGUGCACUGGAUGGAGGAAGAUCAGAGUAAGACAUCCAAAACAGAGGGUGCUGCCUGUCAUUCUGGGCCUGAACUCCCCAAACUCACCCAAGACUUUUACUCCAGCAAACUGUGGCUCCAGAAAUGCUUGACGGUGUUACAAAGUGACUUAUAG